ACGUGGAGGGUUUAAACCUAAUUGGAUACCCAAUUCACAAAAGGGAAGCUUCGGGGUUUACUGUUGCAUCCCAAUCGGGCUGUCAAAACGACGUGACGUUGACAGCCCGGUUCUCUGGAGAUAGAAACAACAUAUUCAUUCAAUCACAUUCCCAGUUUUCAGAUUACAAGGGUUGCUGCUUAUAGGUGUUAUGGUGUUGUUAUUGGUUUGAAAGAGCUUCUGCAAUGGGUUCGUUUUCCGGAGCCAUUCAGCGACCACUUGUGGCCGCCACCGCCGUCGCCCUCGCUUCUUUCUCCGCCGAUAUCUCCGAUAAAUUGCCAUUCCGUGGAUCCUCGCGUGAUUGUGAUUGUUCUACCUCCAAUUUGGUAAAUUCUUCGCCUUCUAACAUAAUACAAGGAUCAGAUUCGCCGUGGGUUUCUCAUAUUUCGGACUCAAAACUUGCUGACCUAUCUUUUGUGACCCGAAUUCCGGUGCCUGUGCCUAAUGUUCAAUUCCGGGUGCCAAGUUUAGGGCACAAUUGUGGUUCAAAUUUGUACCAUUCUUCGGUUGCUUCGUCACCGCUUCUUCGGAAUUUGUUUCACUCUGCUGACUUGCCUAGGGUUCCAGGGCCUGCUGCAUGUUUCGAUGGUGUCUCCAAUUCAAGUUCUGAGGUCAUGUAUAAAUGGCAUUUGCCGGAGGCAAAUGCUUUAGGUGAUUCAAAUUGUUCAUUGACAAAGUCAAGGACAGUGGUGGUUUUGCUUGGAUGGUUGGGAGCAAGGCAGAAACACUUGAAGAAGUAUGCGGAAUGGUACACUUCAAGGGGGUUUCAUGUCAUUACUUUUACAUUUCCAAUGGGUGAGGUCCUGAGUUAUAAGCCUGGAGGUAAAGCUGAGCAAAAUGUUCAUUUGCUUGUGGAUCACUUGGCUGAUUGGUUAGAUGGGGAGAGUGAAAAAAAUCUUGUCUUUCAUACUUUCAGCAACACUGGAUGGUUAACAUAUGGUGUUAUUCUUGAGCAUUUUCAGAAGCAGGAUCCAUCCGUCAUGGAAAGGAUCAGGGGAUGCAUUGUAGAUUCUGCACCUGUUGCAUACCCUGACGCUAAGGUCUGGGCCUCAGGUUUCUCUGCAGCGUUUCUCAAAAAGAAUAGUGUGGCUACAAAAGGACGUGUAUUUUCCAAUGAAUCUGGCAUUAAAGUAUCAAUUGGCAGCGAAGAUGAUUUAGGACUCAAACCUGCAGCAACAGAAGCAGCUUUGCUAUUAAUACUAAAGAAAUUUUUUGAGGUCAUUCUGUAUCUUCCUUCAGUGAAUAGGAGGCUCUCUGAUGUUAUGAGCAGAUUAUCGACAAAGCAACCAAGCUGUCCGCAGUUAUACAUGUAUAGCACUGCUGACAGGGUUAUUCCUGCUGAUUCAGUGGCUGAUUCAGUGGAAUCCUUUGUAGAGGCACAGCGUAGGGCUGGACAUGAUGUGAGGGCUUGCAAUUUUGUCUCCUCACCCCAUGUUGACCACUUUAGGAAUGACCCUAAAUUGUAUACAUCUCAGCUCAAUCAGUUUUUAGAGGAAUGUGUUCUUGACCGUUGUAAAUCUUUCUAAUUCGUUGCAUUCCUUGUCUUAUACAACAUAUAGUUCAUUCAUUUUUAUUUUUAUUUUUAUUUUUUUAUUUUUGAAAGCAGUCAUUCAAUUAAUUGAUGGCGGGUUAGUUCUGUAUCCAAAGUCAACCACAUCAAGGGGAUUACAUAAUUGUUCCGUCACAGCUUAUAAUUGAUUGUACAUUGAUAUAUUGAUAGUGCAAAUGAAGACAUUGCAACUUUCUCUUCAA